GAAACACACGGAUGCGGCUGAGGUUAUGUCCGCUGUCGCAUGAUCAGCUGACUGACCGUCACGCAUAGGUUUCCGAUGCUUAAAAAACGCAAAACAAGCCAAAAGUGAAAUUGUUUGGGUUUUAAUUCAUUCCAGAGUGACACAUUUAUUUGACUACACUCAACCCGAAGGACAUGUCGCAGUGAGCUGUUGUUUCUGACACAUCACCAGAAUGUCAGGGAACAAUCUGGUUCUCCCCAUUGUUUUAUGGGGCCGCACAGCUCCUACCCACUGCAUCAGCAGUCUGCUGGUGAUGGACGACUUCAGCACCAUUAUCACUGGCUGCCAUGAUGGACAGAUCUGCCUCUGGGACAUGACGCCAGAGCUGCAGAUUUGUCCGCGGGCCAUGCUGUUUGGGCACACGGCCUCCAUCACCUGUCUGUCUAAAGCCAGCACCUGCAGUGAUAAACAGUACAUUGUCAGUGCAUCAGAGAGUGGGGAGAUGUGUUUGUGGGACGUAAACGAUGGCCGCUGUAUUGAAUUCACAAAACUUGCUUGCGCUCACACUGGAAUACAGUUCUAUCAGUUCACUAUAGGCACUCAGCGAGAGGGUCGUCUGCUCUGUAACGGCCAUUACCCGGAGAUUCUUGUGGUGGACGCCACCAGCCUGGAGGUUCUUUACUCGCUGGUGUCCAAGAUCUCUCCUGAUUGGAUCAGCUCCAUGAGCAUUAUCCGAUCACACCGCACACAAGAGGACACAGUCGUGGCGGUGUCAGUGACAGGCAUUCUGAAAGUCUGGAUCAUCACAGCUGAAGUCAACAGGAUGCAGGACCUGGACCCAGUGUUUGAAGAGGAGUCCAAACCCAUCUACUGUCAAGGCUGCCAGAGUAUUUCCUUCUGUACGUUCACUCAGAGCAGCCUCCUGGUGGUCUGCUCCAAGUUCUGGAGAGUUUUUGAUGCAGGCGAUUAUUCGUUGCUCUGCUCCGUGCCCAUUGACAAUGAUAAGACCUGGGCUGGAGGAGAGUUCAUUGCAGCAGACAAAGUCAUCAUCUGGACGGAGGAUGGCUGCAGUUACAUCUAUAGCCUACCUGCCAGCUGUCUUCCUGCUAGUGUACAUUUCCGAAGUGAUGUUGGGAAAAAAGAAGGCUCGAUACCUCCGCUGAUCUACAGCAUGGAGAACCUAACAGACAAACAGCUCCUCAUCUGCCCUCCUGUGACUCGCUUCUUUUUUGGCCGACGGGAGCCCUUCCACAAGUUGCUGAUCCAGGGAGACUCUGCAGGCAAACUGUCUCUGUGGAGCAUCCCUGACGCCUCACCUCCACGGCAACUGCCCGCUCCUGCAGAACUGCAGGUCUCAUUCACCAUCAGUCUGCAAUCAGCGUUUGAUAAGUUGACUCCCGUGUCUUCUGGAAUCAUUGACCAGCUGAGCGUCUUGCCAGGCAAAGAGGACCCCAUUAAGGUGACAGCCAGCGUCUACAUCCCCUCCCAGGGUAGACUGGUGUGCGGAAGAGAAGAUGGCAGCAUCAUUUUGGUUCCUGCGACACAGACCGCAAUCGUUCAGUUGCUACAGGGAGAACACAUGCUUAGAAGAGGAUGGCCACCCCACCGUACACUGCGAGGUCACAGGAACAAGGUGACCUGUGUCCUGUAUCCGUACCAGAUCUCCCCCCGCUAUGACCAGCGCUCUCUGGUGUCUGGAGGGGUGGACUUUUCUGUCAUUGUCUGGGAUAUUUUCACUGGAGAGAUGAAGCACAUUUUCUGUGUCCACGGAGGAGAGAUCACCCAGCUCAUUGUCCCACCAGAAAACUGCAGCACUCGGGUGCAGCACUGCGUCUGCUCUGUGGCCAGUGACCACUCAGUUGGCCUGCUCAGUCUCAGGGAAAGGAAGUGCAUCAUGCUUGCAUCGCGGCAUCUAUUCCCAAUCCAAGUUAUCAAAUGGCGCCCGGCAGAUGACUACCUGGUGGUUGGAUGCUCCGAUGGCUCUGUCUACGUCUGGCAGAUGGAUACAGGGGCCUUGGACCGCUGUGUGAUGGGUAUAACUGCUGUAGAGAUACUAAACGCCUGUGACGAGCUGGCUCCAGCCACUGUGGACACCUUGAGCCAUUCGGCAGUGAACCUAAAGCAAGCAAUGACUCGCCGGAGCCUGGCGGCACUGAAGAACAUGGCUCAGCACAAACUGCAAACACUUGCUACCAAUCUGCUGGCUGCAGACAACGCUGACAAGGGCAACCUGCCAAAAUACUCCCACAAUGCACUGGUGGUCCAGGCAAUGAAGACCAACCUCACGGACCCUGACAUGCAUGUGCUGUUUUUUGAUGUGGAAGCAGUGAUCAUCCAGUUGCUGACAGAGGAAGCUCAGAGACCAAACCCCAUGCUGGUGUCCCCUGAGACACUGCAGAAGAGCCAGGCUGGGGCUGACAAGGGAGGGUCCUUUCUGGCCAACAAGAUCUUUAAGCAGGUAAAGGAAACAAUGAAGGAGACAAUCAAGGAGCACCUGCUGGAUGAAGAUGAGGAAGAGGAGGAGGAGAUGAGAAGACGUGAGGAGAAAUCCAAGUCACUGAGUCUUCUGGAGUACAACCUGACAAUGGACACGGCCAAACUCUUCAUGUCCUGCUUGCAUGCCUGGGGCCUCAACGAGCACUUGGACGGUAUCUGUCUGGAGCGACUGGGCAUGCUCAGGCCGCACUGCCCCAUCUCUUUCGGCCUGAUCUCCAGAGGAGGUCACAUGUCCCUGAUGCUGCCCACCUUCAAGGAGUCUCUGCUGCGACAGUUGUCCAUUGCAACAGGCCGGAAGCUGACACUGUCAGACAUUGUUGGCAAGGGGACUUACGGCGUGUCAAGGGCGGUCACCACGCAACACCUCCUGUCCGUCAUCUCUCUCGCCAACACUCUGAUGGGCAUGACCAAUGCCACCUUUGUCGGCGAGCACAUGAAGAAAGCACCAGCAAGGCCUCCCAGACCAGGAGGAACCCCAGAGUCUCCUCGCAGGACGCCGGCCACUCCCCCUCAGCCCUCCAACCCAGCACUACAAGCCCAGAUCAAACAAGCUGCUGUAGCCACCACAGCCAGCUCCAGCGUUUCUUCUACCGCUGCAACUGCUGGGCCCCUGGGGGCCCCUGGGGUUCCUCCUCAGAGGGCCCCUGGCUCCCCCAGCCCUGGUCCUGCCUCUCAUAACAUCCCCUCAGUCAAUGAAGGUUGGAGCCAGCUGGCAGCAAUGCAUUGUGUUAUGCUCCCAGACCUUCUCGGCCUAGAUAAGUUUAGACCCCCUCUACUAGAGAUGCUGGCAAGGAGAUGGCAGGACCGCUGCCUCGAGGUACGCGAAGCAUCACAAGCUCUACUGUUGGCUGAGUUGAGGAGGAUCGGUCAAUCAGGGCGUAAGGACACCAUUGAUAUGUGGGCUCCUUAUCUUCCUCAAUAUGUGGAUACAGUCAGCUCCCCUGGGACAACCACUGAACCCUCAACUCCAGCCCCGGCCCCUACUGAAGCUCAACCACCCGAGGCCAAGGCUCCUGAGGAGGAAAUGGAUGUCACGGAUGAUGACAUCACCGCAGGCUGUCUCUCUAACCUUCCACCAAAUGCCAAGAAGAUUUCCAAUUCAUACGAGGAGCGCCGGAAGCAGGCCACUGCCAUUGUGCUUCUGGGGGUCAUUGGUGCCGAGUUUGGGGCUGAGAUUGAACCACCGAAGGGUGCAGCACGGACACGAGCUGGAGGGCAGGUCCCUGAAGGCUUUGGGCCAACAAGCGGUGGAUCCUCAAACUACUCCCUGGCCAGACACACAUGCAAGGCACUGACCUUCCUAUUGCUGCAGCCCCCCAGCCCAAAGCUGCCACCCCACAGCACAAUCCGCCGCACAGCCAUUGAUCUGAUCGGCCGAGGAUUCACUGUGUGGGAGCCGUACAUGGACGUGUCAGCAGUGCUCAUGGGACUGCUGGAGCUCUGUGCUGAUGCUGAGAAGCAGCUGGCCAAUAUUACCAUGGGUUUACCUCUCAACCCACCAGCAGAUUCAGCUCGCUCAGCCCGACACGCCCUCUCUCUUAUUGCAACAGCCCGACCCCCUGCCUUCAUUACCACCAUUGCAAGAGAGGUGCACCGCUACAAUGCAGCCCAGGCUAAUUCUCAGUCACAGCAGAACGUUCACACCACCACUCUGGCCCGAGCCAAGACUGAAAUAUUGAGAGUGAUUGACAUCCUGAUAGAGAAGAUGCCUGGAGACGUUGUAGACUUACUUGUUGAGGUGAUGGAUAUCAUCAUGUACUGUAUUGAAGGUUCUCUGGUGAAGAAGAAAGGACUUCAAGAGUGUUUUCCUGCUAUUUGCAAGUUCUACAUGGUUGGUUACUGCGACCGCAGUCACCGAAUUGCUGUCGGAGCUCGCCAAGGUUCUGUGGCCCUCUAUGACGUUCGCACUGGAAAAUGCCAGAAUAUCCAUGGUCAUAAGGGCCCAAUCACAGCGGUGUCAUUUGCCCCUGAUGGCCGUUACCUAGCAACAUACUCCAACGCUGACAGUCACAUCUCAUUUUGGCAGAUGAACACCAGUCUGCUGGGCAGCAUCGGAAUGUUGAACUCGGCCCCCCAGCUGCGCUGCAUUAAGACCUACCAGGUGCCCCCAGUCCAACCAGCGUCUCCUGGCUCCCAGAACCACUUGAAGCUCGCCCGCCUCAUUUGGACUUCCAACCGGAACGUCAUCCUGAUGGCCCAUGAUGGCAAGGAGCAUCGCUUCAUGGUGUAAAAUCUGAUGGCUACUUUUAUGGUCAGCUUGAGCUCUUGUAUCGGUCAGAUCACAGGCCAUUAUGGUUCGUCAGGCAGAAAAGGAAGUUUGAGUGAGGUCAAAGGCAGCAACAAGGACCUGACCGAUACAAGAACAACAUUUUAUUGGCAAUCAUCUGAAGUACUGAAGUAAGAACCCACCCUAAGUAGGUUUACGUCUGUGUUUUAUCUCCCACGAUGAUCAUGAAAGAACUCAAGUGGUAAUAUAUUUAUUUGCUGUAGCACAAGUCUUGUUUAUGUUGUAUUUUGCAUCAUGUAAUUUAGUUAUUUAUAACUUCUAGUCAUUCCUAAUUAUUUUUACUUUCCCUCAUCAGUCAAAGUUGGAGCCAUAAAAGGUCCAAGCAUUCAUUGCUAUUUAUUUUAUGCUAGCCUUUAUUGUGACGACUCAAUAGGUUAACUGUGUAGAAUUUUAGUCCCGUAUUUUAUUUUUCUUUUAUUAUUGCUGGAAUAAAUUGUUUUUUUCUCGACAUCUGAGAGUGCGCAUUGUUAUAAUAUAGGAGUUGAGGUUUAAUUCUUCACUCACCCAUGUCGGCAGCCAUUGUUAUCUUGCACCGCAUGCACUAAUUCCAUAAUGGGACUGGUUAGAUAUAAUGGUACAAUAGUCGUCUCGUAACUUGAAAGUUGAAGUCUCAAGUAUGCUUCAGCAAGAUACUGAAGCCCAGUUGCUGUUGAUCAUUGUGUAAGUGAGUAGUUAACGUUCCUUACACAGCAACAUCCACUGUGUAAAUACUGUGAGGCAACAUGGAGUCCGGUACAAAUUUCAUUCAUUUGUAUCUUAUCAAAACAAACAGUCGCUUCCUGCAUGAAUGCAUCUUUACAGUUUUUAAAAACGUUUACAUACAUACAGUAUUAGACUGCCUUAAAACCAUUGUUCAUAGUAGCGGUCAUUAACACGCAUAGAAUCAACACAAUUUGAAGGCGGUAAGAUGAGUUUUAGUCACCAUCAGGAUGGAAAAAUAUUGCUAGAUGCCCAAAUGUUUUAAGGAUUGUGUUUUGUCGUGCUGAUAACACAUGCUUCCCAUUUUUCUUUGUCCUACUUCCAUCCCACGUACCCACAGUCUGGGUGCUGCAUGAAGUACUGUACAUACAAGAGCUGGUGUGUAAAGUAGUGUUGUGUUGAUCUUGCACAGUGUCGUCUUUUCUCUUGUGGUGAACAUGACUUCCCCAUUAAAGCAAACAAUUGUACUCAUUUUACAGCAUAUUUACAAUUAAAAGUGAUGAUCGAUAAUAUAAGUCACAUUUUAGAAUACAUUAUAAAAUCAAGUAACUACCUAAUGAUGAUACGGUAAUGUUUUUUCCAACAUCCUGUUACAUCAGAAAUUAGUUUUGACAUGAAUUAGCAUUAUUUGAUAUUUGAGCUUUGCCAUGCAUGUUUAUGACGCAAAAUUGUAGUACAGUAGAUCCCUGCUUUUUACGGGUGUUACCAAUCUGAGCUAUUUUGAUGGCCAUAAAAAUGUCUAUUUAUGACACACGGAUUUCCCCCUGCCCCCAAACGCUCCUGCCAGCUUGACGUUGGGGUUCUUCUCUGAUUUCUGAUCAACAUUUGCAAUUAAAGUGACUGUUCUAAUGAUUACAUUAACCCCACCAGAACACUACACUUCUCUCAUAGGACUCACACACUUAUUUAAUGUACUUCAAGUAUUCAAUCUAUAGGUACUCACCUCCGAUGAAUCAUAAUGUAAGAUGAUCAAUGGACAGAUGAAUUCGGAACCACGGUGCAGCAUUUAGCCUGGUUGUCCAUAGAAGGGGUUUGUCCAAGCGUCUUCAUAAUCCACACUAUUUAUAAUAAUGAUUUGUGUUCACCUCACUGCAAGUUUUCAGGCUGGAUUGACAGUUGAAGCUAGUGCUUAACCUAACAAACUUUUGGGUCUCACAGCACGCAACGAUGGUUUGUUCAAGUACCGCCAAAUAAAGUGCGAAAUCUCAAGGCUUGAUGAAAAAUAUUAUCACCGAAGCAUUACGACAUAAACAUGUACAAAUUGUGGGCUUUCUCAACGUGGUACAUGUCUGCUGUGCAUUUUACCUCUAUUAUCAUUAAUGAAUAAAGGAUUAACGACCAAAAAUAUGUGAAUUUGCCGGGCAGUGAAUGCUAAAUCACGAAUGUGCGGGGAUCCACUGUACUUUGAGUCAUCUUGCAGCCCAAAAACAGAAAUAUAAUUGUGACCAACACUGAAAAAAUGCUAAUGCAACCAUCUCAAAAUUAUGGUUAAAUACAUGCAUUACUUGUUAUAGGGGGUGCUGAUAGUCUUUGUAUCUGAGCAGGUCAAAGAAGCACUUAAAAGCAGCUAAACUGUAUUUCAUGCUUACCAUAAAGUAAUGACACGAGUGUUAUUUAUGCAAUGACAUCACUGCACACCAUUGAGAUUGCUUGUAAAUUGACAUUACCAUAAUUUUGGUCUGGACCUGUUUGCCUCAGAUUAUGCAGAGUUUUAUGCAGAGAGAUACAUUUAUUCAUCCAUAUGUGAAUACAGAUAUAUUUAUAGAAUGAUGAGUUUGUUUACCUUUUGAAUUAUAAUCUCCUCUCGGAAAUGUAAGAGGUGUGAUCAAGUUGGUUUUAGACGCUUAUUGCUUGUUUUGUUGACCAGUUACUCUUCCUCUCUUCCGACCUCCCUCCACCUCUUGUCAGAAAGCUUCUAACACUGCUACACUGUAAACACACGUGUCAAAGCUUUUCACAGGUUUCUCCUCGAUCUAGUUGAAAGCAAAACAAAAAAACAACAAAAAAAACCCCACUAGCUCAUCAGGCUGUUUUUGAAACCUCCUCACCAGUGUAGGUCCACAGAGCUUUGAGAUCUUAAUCUUGGCUUUUCUGCAGCACACUCACCAUUUUGAGAAAAUCUGUCUUUGUUGCCUCUUGGGGGGAGAGAAGGUGAGAAAACGAAGGCAAAGAGGAAGAGCUGAAGAGUAAGUAACAAGUGAGGAAGAGCAGUCAUCCAAAAAAAAAGAAAAAAACCUCUUUGGCAAAGGAACCUCAUGUAGUGGAAACCUUCAGGGUUGGAACAUUUGACAUCAUCGUUGUAACACUCAAACCUUGAUGAUGAUUACAAAGAUUUUAAGUCUACUUUAUCGACUUGUUUUUCACCUUCAGCUCAUUUGUCAAAACAAAAAAUUAAAAAAUCACUGAACCACAAGCAGUAAAAUAUGUCUGCUUGAGACACUCUUAUUCAGUGUAAUUAAAACAUCAGCAACUGAUUAAUAUAAACAUAUGAUUAAGGGAGGAUUUAGUCCUGGUUUAGUGUUAUGCAAUUGUAUUUAAUGAAUUUUUUUUUUUUAUCCCCAGCUGAUUUUGUAAGUUUACAAAGAACAGUCUUUAAUUUUUAUGGUACGUUUAUUUUAACAGACAGUCUCCCAACAAAAAACAGGAAACAAAAGUUGUACGUUUUGUGUUUAAUUGAGGAAUAAGUAUUUGAUCAGCAAGCAUUCUGACCCCCCACAGAGUGGUUUUGUACUCAUGAAACACGCAAAUAAGUCCUGUCCCUUCAGCAAAAAGCUUGCUGAGAAAAACCACUGUUCAAAAAUGGAAGAAAAACCAGAUAACAGACAAGUGCCCUCGUUCUGGAGCUUGAAGUUGAGGGUUUAGCCAAGAAAUGCAUGGGAUGAGGUUGUUAAUUAUCCCAAGGGAAUUGAAGGUUGCCAAUGAACACCGGAAUGAUUCAGAAGGCAGUGAAAUGCUAAAUACAACCUCCAGACCAACAUGGAGGAGGAAAGCAUUGAGGGGUUGAUGAACAGGCCCAAGUGUAACCCGCCUGGUUCAGCCAGCUCUGCGUUCUGCCCUGAGCUCAAAUCAAGGUUCUCAGAAUAACAGUCGAUAGCGCUAGCCGUCAAGCUAAAAGCCCGGACUGUCAACUUGACGUCCAGCACAGCUGUUUAUGUUCAGUAUCCCAUAGACAUCUUGACUGAGCAAAAGGAGAGUGGUACCAGAAGAAGCAGAUACUCAUGGUGGCCUCGGACAUAGAAAAGCAGUGGAGGGGGCUGAAAAACCCUCUGGAAUUGUAGGGUAUCUGCAAAGAGGGGUGUCCCAAAAUCCUCCACCUACAAGAAACAUCUGACCUGUGUGCUUACCAAGAAGUGUUUCUCCAUUAUGUAGUAAGUCAUGUUUUGCUUGAGGGUCAAAUGCUUAUAUUACUUAAACAAAUACAUUACAUAUUUUUUGAUCGAUAUUAUUUGUUACUGUUAAAUAAACCUCCCAUAAAAAUGGACUGUUCAUGUUAAUUUAGCAAAAUUAGCAGGCGGUCAAAUAAAUUGUGGUUGUGCUGUAAAUAUAUGAAGUUGUGUAUGUGCCUGUGUGUUGUGUGUAGUGCAUACAUGUGAGCCUCUCAGUGUACACAGUUUAAAUCCACAAUGUAUCAAAUAAAUGUGUAGUGGUAAGAUGUGUUUGUUUUGACUGUAUUCCAAUAAAGACAGAAAUAAGACACGUGUUUGUGC